UCCAUUGACCCUCUCUCUCUCUGCUUUCUGUCUCUCUUUCCGUAACAGAGCUUUCUUUCUCUCUCUUAUGACUUAAUAUCCGCAACACUUACUUUUCGUGCACAUUAAAACCUAAUAUGCAGGGCUUUUGCAUAGCACAAGUUGCUGAGCUUCAUAUCAAUCCGAGGAAGACGGUUAGGAUUAGGGCUCUAUUUUGGACUCGUUACAAUUGAACUUGAGGGGUUUGGUGUUUUCCAUGGCUGGAAUGAGUCGAGAAGGAGGUGAAAACCAGGCGAAAAUGGUUAUACCCUCUGGCCUCGAUCGAAUCAAGACAAAGUUACGUAAGUUGAGGAAACGGUCAAAAGGAAAAGAGGAAGAAUCGAUGGACCUUGGAUCAUCGAAUUCGGGCAAUGUCCAGCCUUUUUUGAAUGAAAAGUGUGGUUCUGGGACUGGUUCCCGAGAAGGACUUAGCAAGGAGAAGAAGAUUGCUCGCUUUUCUGCAUCUCUUGUUGAAAGGGAUUCUAAGAGGGCUUUAGGAGACAAGUUUGCUAACUCCAAGGAAAUGAUGGAUAUAUUAGGACCACAACUGUCAAGAGAGAUACCAAAGAGCUUCAAAAGUUUCUCCUAUGAAUUGGGUCCCAAGGGUGGUAUUAGGCCUGUCUACCAACGCGCACACAGUUAUAAUGACUUGAAGGAACUCUUGGAAUCAUUCCAUACAAGGUUUGAUGCUGUGAAGGAUGCCGUUAAUGCUGAUCUUGCUGCUUGUUUGGGAGACGUUGAGGAGGUUCUUGAGAGUAAGGAAUCCUUGUCUUCUGAAAUGAAGCAAAGGAUUGCGGAUCUCUUGAAUCUUGUGCGAGGAUGCAUGGGCAUGUCCUCCUUAGAGUUUCGCAAUAAGUGUGAAGAGAUAGUGCAAGAACUAGUUGAGAAGAGACAAAAUAUUCAAAUAGGCUUACUUAAACAGCUGGUCACAAGGAUGCUUUUCAUCUUGACACGAUGCACCAGGCUAUUGCAGGUGCAAAAAUGGAGUGAGCCAAACCAUGAAGAUUCUAUUCAUAAGUUCAAACAGUGCUUGGAAAGCGUUCCAUCAAUCCCUAUGCGAUUGGUGCCUAAGAAAACUAAGUCAAGAAAGCCCAAUGACAAUAGUGGGAAGGAGACCCAUGUGAGCAGUGAGAGAGUCUCUUCAAAGGAAGAUGUUGCACAGUCAGAGCCAAUGAUAAGUUCCUCUUUGCCUAAACUAUGUCUUCACGAGAAAGAUAGCACUUCCAUUGCUUCAAAGGAAAAUUCUCUAUUUAAUUUAUCACCAUGUGAUACCCAUUCAAGAAGUUACAACGUAGAAUCCAGAGGUUAUGAUUUUACUGUAUGUGAGUGUAGUAGGGGGCUGCCUUGUGGCAAUGAAGGUCACACCCAACCGAGUCAUGAAACAAUUGAUGAUUCACCACAAAAGUUAAGCUCUGAAGGGUCUGAUUUUGUCAUCUGUAGGAUAUGUGAGGAAAUGGUACCUAUAUGUUACGUAGAAUCUCAUUCCUAUAUCUGUGCGUAUGCUGACAAGUGUGAUGUGAAAGGCACUGAUGUAGAUGUUCGCCUUCUGAAACUAGCAGAAGUGAUUGAACAAAUUAUAGAGUUUUAUACACCCCAAAGUUUUCGUCCAUCUUUUGGUGGCUCAGAGACUUUGCGAAUGGAAAAUGCAAAUGCUUUAGUUGCGUUUGAAGGUCUGUCCCCUAAGGUUAGUGAGUGGCAUAAUAAAGGUGUGGAAGGAAUGUUUGCAGAUAUUCAUGAGAUGGACACCUCAUGUAUAGAUGAUUGUCCACCCAUGGCUUCCAGUAAUUUGAAGGGCCACUUGGUUGCAAAGCUUGAACAUAGUCUUGCAUCUUCCACCAAUGGAAGUAUGAGUCCAGCUUCCUCCACAAAUACCCCAAGGUCCAGUCACUUCGAUUUAUAUUGGUUAGAGCACAACUAUCCCUCAGUACCAGAGGAUGUCUCACAGAUGGUGGAGCUUGCUGACAUAGCUCGCUGUGUGGCCAGCAUGGACCUUAUGGAGGAAGGGGUCUCUGAAUAUUUGGUUGCAUGCAUGCAUGAUUUACAUGAUAUUCUGCAGCAUAGUAAGCUAAGGGCUCUAAUAGUUGAUACUUUUGGAAGUCAUAUAGAAAAAUUGUUGAGGGAGAAAUAUCUGCUAGCUCGUGAGCCACUGAAUCAGGAAAAUGCGAAGGAGGCUUCCAUACAUGCUGAAGCCAAUGGAUCUUCCAAUGAUGCUUCUCAGUAUAUGAUGCCAAUUGCUCUUCAUCAUAAGGACCGCAUAAGCAUUGAAGACUUUGAAAUUAUUAAACCCAUAAGCAAAGGUGCCUAUGGUAAAGUCUUUCUUGCUCGAAAGCGAACCACCGGCGAUCUUUUCGCAAUCAAGUUUAUGCAGGUACUUAAGAAAAUGGAUAUGAUACGGAAAAAUGAUGUGGAAAGUAUCCUAGCUGAGCGGAACAUAUUAAUUACUGUCAGAAACCCGUUUGUGGUACGGUUCUUUUAUUCAUUUACAUGCAGAGAUAACCUCUAUUUGGUUAUGGAAUACUUAAAUGGAGGUGAUAUAUACUCCUUGCUUAGGAAUGUUGGUUGCUUAGAGGAAUCUGUGGCUCGUAUAUAUGUUGCUGAACUGGUUCUUGCUUUGGAGUAUCUCCAUUCUCUGGGAAUUGUGCAUCGUGAUUUAAAGCCAGACAACAUAUUGGUGGCACAUGAUGGUCACAUCAAGCUUACAGAUUUUGGCUUGUCGAAAAUUGGUCUAAUAAAUAGCACUGAAGAACUGGGAGGAAAUAUGGGGAGUAUUUCUUUCUUGUCAGAAGACCACCACUUGGGGACCUCAUUUGAGGAAGCUUCUCAUAGAGAGAAAGGAAAUCAGCGGGUGGCAGUUGGAACCCCUGAUUAUUUGGCUCCUGAGAUUCUUCUUGGAACAGAACAUGGUUAUACUGCUGACUGGUGGUCGGUGGGGAUUAUUUUAUUUGAGUUGAUAACAGGAAUUCCACCUUUUGCAGCACGUCUUCCAGAGGCAAUAUUCGAUAAUAUUUUGAACCGCAAAAUCCCAUGGCCACGUAUUCCUGAUGAUAUGUCAUAUACAGCAAAAGACUUGAUUGAUAGACUUCUCGAUAAUGAUCCAAACCAACGGCUCGGAGCAAAAGGAGCAUGUGAGGUGAAGGCACAUCCUUUUUUCAAUGAAGUUAAUUGGGACACUUUAGCCUUGCAAAAGGCUGCCUUUGUUCCACAAACAGAGCAUGCAGAUGACACAAGCUACUUUGUAUCUCGUUAUUCUCAACACUCAUUACCAACAGGUGCAGACUCAAGCGAUUGUUCCUCAGAUAGAAGUAGUGAUAAUUCUUUGGAAGGUGGCCCUGAAGGAAGUGUAGAUGAGUGUGAUGACUCGACUGGGUUUGGCUUCUCAUCGGUGGAUUAUCCUUUCAACAAUUUCUCUUUCAAGAAUUUAUCACAGUUGGCAUCGAUAAACUACGAUGUACUCUUACAAAGCGGAAGGGAUUGUUCAAAAUGUUCAUCCCCAUCUCAAAGUCAGGACCCAUAAAAUACAGAUACCCCCUAAUUUUAUCUCAAAGUCAGGACCCAUUAAAUACAGAAAGCCCCUAAUUUUCUCGGUAUGUUACCUGUGUUACUUACCCUGCAUCACAGAAAAAUGCAGCAUUCAUCUCGGGGCCACUUGAAAUGUACAGACGUGUAUAGGGGCUCCUUAGGGUUGGUCUGUUAAAAAUCAAAUGAAAUGGUAAAAGAGAAAUUAAUGUAAUGAAUGAAGUGAAAAGGGUUUUGGGGUCCAAUCCAGUUAGGACUGUAUUUUUUUGCCUGUUGCUCGCAAAUUCUUUUGUUUGCAAUUGAUUCCGUUCAUCAAAGCAUCGCCAACAAACUAUUAUAAUGCUUGAUGAGUGGUUAAGAAGCCGAUUCACAGAAAGGUUUUGUAGGCAGGCUUCACAUGAUAUAGCUUCUGGGUCCAAAUUUACAAUUGAGUGUACAUUCUCCUUUGGACCUGAAUAAAAUUUUGGAAUAUCAGGAUUUUGAUUA